AUGGCAGAUGAUACCCGGAGUACUAUCAAUGUUGCCAUUCGCCGGUCGAGCAAGUCUCCCGCCAUUUUCCUUGCUGCCUCCUUCACUGAGCCCGCUUGGGAACCGGUUGAGCUCGAUGUGAAGCCUCUCCCUCCAUCAGCAAGUCAGGAUACUACUGAGCAGACCAAUGGCCAUGUUCCAGACACCCAAUACGAAUUCUCAAAGUCAUUCGAGGUGGCACUAGGCAAGCACCAUUAUAAAUUUCGGGAAGGAUUGGAGGGCGCCUGGUUCUAUGACAAGGAUGUCGAAAGUGCUGUGGACAAUGAGGGGAACGAAAACAACGUUCUGGUAGUGGAACCCGUCACAGCUACCAAGAAGCCCACCGAUUCUCCUGAGAAGGAGGAUGCAGAGGAGGUAUCUAAUGAAGGUGUUGCUCCAGAUGCAGGGAAAGCUGAGGAGGUGGAAUUAGCUGAGGGGGAAAACAUUUCUGAUGCUAAGAAACCCAAUGACGCAUCCGUUGAACCAUCCCCUAGUAUUGCUGUCGUGGGAGAAGAUGUGAAGGACAUUAAAGACGACGAAGCGCCGGCUGAAUCUUUAGGGAAACUGGAAAUAGUUGGCAAUAAACCUGACGAUGAACCCUCCCUUGCCGAUACCACCAUAAAACCCGAUGUACCGAAAACUGAUGCCUCCGAAACUCCCACGACCGAGAACGUAGCACCAGAAAAGGUGGUGGCGGAUCAUGGCCAACCGACAACACCAGCUCAAGAUACAGAGAUCGUCGAUGAUUCCCCAACUACUGCAAAAAUCGAUGGGUCAAGAGCUGAAACUUCACCGAAACCUGUCCUAGAGGUUUGCGAAGCCCCUGUCGAAAAGCCACACGAGCCUGUAACUGAUCCCACAUCUGAACCCGAGGUCAAUGAGAAGUCAAUACUUGAGAAUGAGCCUGAGCACCCGCAAAUGGAGAAUAACGGAGGUCAAGCUACUGAACCCGCAGAGAAGGAUGGCCCCACAGCCUCGGAUGCUGACACCACUGCGGAACCCAUGGAAACGGAGCUAGUAGCCGAUAAAGGUACCGGUAGCGAUGACCCUUCACCAGCACCUGAACCCACCGAAACGCCUGAACCUACAUUGCAGGAAGUGGUGACCGAAUCUGCAGUUGAGGAGAAUGCUCCAGAGGUAGAAAAGCCUCUUGCGAUUGCCAAAGACGAACCUGCUAAGGAGAAUAGCCAACAAACAGAGGCUACAUCGGAUAUUGAGCCUCAAGAGGCAGAACAGAAAACCGUCGAACCGUCUGUCGAACCAGACAUGUCAACGAGUGAUGAGGUUCCUGAUUCGGCUCUACCCCCUGCGAAAGAGCCGGAAGAACCAAUGGAACCUGUUCCUACCGAACCUGCCCAGUCUGUCGAACCCUCCACCACCGUUGACACCCCUGCCGACCCCGAACCAUCCCACGCCGAGGUCGUAGUAGCGGAGGAAAUACCUUUGAUGAAUGGAGACGACAAGAAAGAAAUGGCAGACGACGAACAAGUGGAGGACAAACCCUCAAUCCAACAACUUCCAGAGACAACAUCAAAGGCGGGCAUUGCUGAGCCGGAUACCACACCUGAUACCAUUUCUGAAAACAAGACCGAGGAGCCAGUUGUGCCAGCCCCCGUGGAAACAACAUCUCCGGAAUCCGAGCAAUUGGCCUCGAAAGAGGAGGACUCUCAGGCUGAGAACAUUGCCGAUGGUGCUGAGUCACAGGAAGCUCAAGCUGACAAGGGGGAAAUGGUUGAGACAGGCGAAACAACUGUGGAAGUUGCAGAGCCAAUUGCCGAGGCAGCUGCGGAUGACGUCAUCCCGACCCAACCAACCGAAGAUAGCGCGGACCUGGAACAACAAAAGGCCGAAGAACCGCUGUCCCUUGCGACUGACGUUCCUAAGGAAUCAAAAUCAGAGUCAUCCAAACCUGUGAUUGAAGAUGUAGCUGCAAAAUCCGUCGACGAUGGCACUGGUGAUACUCCCAUCAUUGAGGAAGCUUCAGCUGCAGAGCCUGCCACUGCCUAUCCUGAUACCCCGGUGGUCUCUGAGGCUACACCUGGGCAGGAGGUUACUAGUACCCCUGAAGUUCCAGUGACCACUGAGACAGAGGAGCCACAAGCAUCCAAACCCGAAGAGGCUGUCAUUCUGGAACCAGAAUCAGUCGAGAAACAGGAUGAUUCAUCUAAGCCUGAAGAGUUGGAUGCUGCUGUAGUCGCUGAUGAAUCGGUGGCUCCUAAACCUGCCGAGGAGCCAGUAGUGACAGAACCUCAGGACGAUAUCGUUGCGGAACCCGAACCAGCAUCCCAAUCAGAUGCUUCAUCAACUGCAGAGCCUGACACGCCAGUGGCAAUUAAGGAGCCUGAGGCUCCCGAACCCGCUGAGGAUACAGUGCCUGAGACAGAGGUUGACUCUGGCGAAAAGCCAGUUGAACCAGUUGCUCCUGUAGAGACUCCAGCUGCCGUGACUGAUGAACCAGAAACCUCUGAACCAGCUGUGGAUGUAGCAGAAGUAGAAUCCUCUGCGCCGGUGCCUGAAACUGAAGUGGUCGACGACCACACUCCAGAGAAACUAGUGGAGCAGGAAGCUUCUAAGUCUAUCGACAAUGCGGAUCCAACAGAGGAUUCCACACCCGAUGUUGCUCCUAUCGUUGCCGGUGAAUCUUCUACUGUUGAAGAACAAACAGCCACUGAGCUUUCGGAAGAUCCUGAGCCCAAGCCUGCUGAUCCUGCCCAAGGCGAGCCCCCUACUAUUGAUGUAGCUGAAGCAGGAGUGCAGCCAACAGAACCCGAGACCUCGAAACCCAUGGAUGACCUAGUUCUGGAACCCGAGCCCGCUUUACAGACGACCAGUUCUGGUGGCCUCAAUGCUCCAGUAGAAACAGCACAGCCCGACAAAACAAAAGCUAGCGAUGAUACUGUCUCUGACCCCGCUGAACUUGCCGAACCUGCCAAGCCUGCCGAACCUGUCGAACCUGCUGAGCCUGAACUAACGACCCCCGAAGCUCCUGAGGCCUCAGUGAAAACAAUGGAGUCUGAAACAGUGCAGCCUGUCUACGAUGUUGCCUCUGAGGCAGCAGAUAUUGCUGAACCUGCUGAACCUGCUGAUGCCGAGCCGGUAACAGAAACUGAAACCGUCGAAACCCCCGAUGCCCCGGAGGAUCCGAAGGAGCCCGAAGUCUUGGAACCCGCCGAAGAUGCCACAGCAGAACAGGAACCUGAACCUGUCGCUGCGACUGCAACUCUAGACACCGCCCAGGCCCCGGAGGAGCCACCACACACUGAAACUUCGGUUAAUGCUGACGAUACUGCAACUCAACCUGCUAAAUCCGAGCCUGAACUUGCUUCUGGGGCGUCCGUCUCUGGAAUUGCUGAAGCCCCAGCAGAAUCAGUAAAACCAGAAGCCUCAGAAGCCAUUAACAAUGUUGUUACCGAACCGGAGCCGAUUGCGGAGGCCACAUCAUUGGAUGCUCCUGAAGUUUCAGCAGAACCGACAGCACCCGAGGCCUUGCUAGUUGCCGAUGAGGCUAUUGUCGAACCCACAGCUGAAACAGAGGUAGAUUCAACUGCUCCCGACUCUCAGAAAACUGUAGAAGCGGCUGCGGUAGAACUUGAAUCUACAGCGUCUGAAGAGGAACAGGAAGUGAUCGAAUCAGAAGAUAAUCCUAUUGCUCCUACUCCUGAAACCACACCGGUGGAUGCUCCCAAUGCAUCUGAGACCUCUGUUGCUCCUGCUGUACCAGAAGAGGCGGAAGCGGACAUUACUACCAGCACUCCGCUUGAGUCUAACGUGCCUGAAGAAGUUACUCCUGUUGCCGAGGAAAAUGUCGACACACCUGCUAGUGCACAGGAACCAGAGACAUUAGAAGCCCGUGAGGCUGAUGUCACCAAUCCCGCGUCGGAGCCUACUACUAUUGAUGAUUCAAAGGCCGCAGAGGCUCUUGCUCCAGCCCAAGAGCCUGAGGAAACUCCUGAGAUUCCCACACCCACGGAGGGACCUGAAGCCUCGAAAGCUACCGAUGAUGCCGUCCCUGACAAUGCGGGAGAAGAGGUGGCUACAAAUGACAAUCUCGCCGAUUCAAAAAAUGCGCAGCCAGAUACAGUUACUCCAGAGCUACCAGUGACUGAAGAACGCGUUGAGGAUGUUGCUAAACCUGUCAUCGCAGACGAACCUAUCUCUGACCCCGAACCGAUCGCAGCGGAGCAACCAGACGGUCCGACUCCCGACGAACCCGAAGUUGCCCCUGCUGAAGCUGCUGCCGCUGUGACCGAGCCAGAAACGAACGAGCCAAAUGAAGUGACUGAAACUGCUGUGGAACCCGAGAAUGUGGAGCAGGAGGCGGUAGAAAGUGAACAACCUGCCGUAACUUCCGCUACGCCCUCUGAGCUACCUCAACAGGCAGAUGCUCUUUCUGAAAUUGCUCAUGACAUUCCGGAGCCAACAGCCGAAAAAUCAAGCACUGAUCCCGAAAUCACGCCAUCCGCUGAACUAGUUUCCGAAACCAUCCUCGCCAGCGAACCAGUCACUGAACAUGGGCCGGAAGUUGUCGCUGAACCUACCACUGCUGUUGCUGUAGCAACCGAGACAGAUGCUCCUGCUUCUAAAGAUCUUGAAGUUCCAGAAAAAUCUGAACACGUCGAAAUAUCCUCUGUUAAACCUGCUGGGAAAGAGGAUGGUCUUGAGCCUCCUACGGGAACUGCUGCCCUUGGACAGUCUGCUGCUGAGAUAGUGGCUGACGAGCUAGAAGAAUCUUCCAAAUCAAAGGACGCGCCCGCUGCGCCUUCGCCCGAUGAAGUAAGGGAGCCGGAAUCUCAGGAACCCGAAGUUCCAAAGGAAAUCGCGGUCGAAAUUGUGCAGCCAGCUUCGCUAAAUACUUCUGAUUAUCCGCUCAUCGAAACGCCCAUAGAAGGUUCUACGAGUGAGCCAGUCAUGGCUGAUGACAACCAGGCGCCCGUCAAGGAGGCGCCCCCCGAGACACAGGCUAAACCUGAGCUGGAGGUCGCCGAUGCCCCAAGUGAAGAACCACGCGUUGAGGUAAACGGUAUCACAUCCAAAACACCACUGGAAGAUGUACCACAGGAGCCUGUAGAGGAACCGGCAGCGGCGAAGGUGGCAGCAGCAGCCCUAGCAACUGCGGUUGUUGGGGCUGGCGUCACCCAACUAGUUUCAAAUUCCAAAGAACCUGUAGCUGACAAAGAUAUUUCGUCGCUAAUCGGAGAAGCUCCGGCAGAAGUAGUAGCCUCUGCUGUGGAAGCACCAUCAUCGAGUGUUCCGGAAGCAACUCCUUCGGACAAGGAUAUGCCUAGCGCCAAGGGCGACACAGACAAGGCAGUGGUCAACGGCAACAAGCCCGCACCGGUUCCAGAAGCAGACGUGGAUGCAGCUGAGAGAGGUUUUACUCCCGCCAAAGCGCAGGAAGAACCAUUAGCUAAGGCAACAGAGCCUGUCGAGCCAGCCAAACAAUCUGUAGCAGAACGUUCCACGAAGAAACCUGACGUUGAAGCUCCUGUGCCAACUGCCGCUAGCGAAGCUGAGCCAAUUCCUUUGGAGUCGACUGAACCCGAACCAGCCUCCAAGCCAAGUGAGUCUGCCACAGCAGAUCCGACGACUACGACUACGGAACUAUCACCAGCGCUUGCUGCAACGAAGCCAGCAGGAUCAGGAGGAACUGACGGGUCGCGCCCCCCAACAGCGGGAGAGCUGUCCGCCACAUCGAUCACAAUCCACAAGAGAGAAAACUUCUUCAAAGCACUCUGGCACGCGAUUUUCACUAGUUUCUUCGGCGGCUUCUUUUCAGUUUUCCGCCGCGGCCGUCGCGAUACCCCCCGCCAGUAAGAGAAAUAUU